UGGGGGGUGAGCACGAGCGCGCUUCUCCCGGGCCCCCCUCACGGAGGGAGAAGGGGUCCGCGCCCUCCUCAGUAAUUAUGCAAAUGAGCUAACGCAGAACUUAGACAUGCACUUUUCCCUCCGGAAUUUCCCGUCACAUCCGGGUCUCUUUCCUGCACCGACCGCACAGGUCACCCCCAGCUCCUCCGCAAAGGCUCGGGACGCUGCUGAAAUCGACAUAAAGUCUUUACAGCGUCAAAAAAGGCCUCCUAGUGACGUCACUCUCGCCUCUGCCCCUGGGCCGCUGAGCCGCAGGGCAUGCCGGGAGUCCCCGGGGCGCAGGCGCCGCUUCCCCGGUCCCAGGGCAGCUGGAACAGGACCCAAGCCUGGAAACAGAGACAUGGCCCCCGGCAGCUGGAGCCCCGCGUCCCAGGAAUUGGUGACAAUCAAGGAUGUUGCGGUGGACUUCACUGAGGAGGAGUGGGAUCUCCUGGACCCUUCUCAGAAGGAGCUCUACAAGGAAGUCAUGAUGGAGAUUGUCCAGAACCUGCUGUCCCUGGAUGUAAAAACUGGGUUCACAGUAAAUGAGAUGAGUAAAAAUCUGGGCAUUUUUGUGGAAGAACACGAUCUGCAAAGAUUCAUAGAUGAUGCUCCCUUUGACUUCAAUUUGAAGGAAUUGCAUAAUUUUAUUCUCAAAGAAGAUAAAUAUCCAAAGAGUGAUUGUGAACUGUAUGAAAUUGGAAAGAGAUUCAGAUGGUCUUCUGUUCUAAAUCACAGCAGGAAAAUGACCUCAGGAAGUGAUUACCUUCAAGGUAGUGAAUACAAGAAAGGCUUCACUGAAGAGGUAGAGCCAUUGGUUCCAGGUAAUCAAUGGGAUAUAGCUGUGAAGUGCAGUUCAGACCUCACUGGGCAUCAGAAAAGUGAUACUGAAAAAAUACUUUCCAUAAGUAAUAAUGUUGAGAAGGCUGUCAGUCAAAACUCUAAUCUCCUUACUCAUCAGCAAAUGCAUAUUGGAAAAGAACUUGAGGAACAUAAUGUAUGUGAAGUAUCCUCAUCCUAUCACUCAUCUCUUCUUUACUGUCCUGCAAUUAAAAGAUCUGCUUGUGAUCAGUGUGGGAAAGUCUUUGGUUGGAAUCCAGCUCUUGAUAGCUCGCAGAAGGCUCAUACAGGAGAGGUAUCUCAUAAAUGUACUGAAUGUGGGAGAGCUUUCCAUUAUACCUCAUUCCUGCUGAACUAUCAGAGAAUCCACUCUAGAGAGGAGCCUUAUUUAAGUCUUCAAUGUGGAAAGCCUUACAUAUGCAAUCAAUGUGGAAAAACUUUUAAAAAUAUCUCCUGUCUAGCAAAACAUGAGAAAACCCACACUGGAGAGAAACCUUUUAAAUGUAAUCAAUGUGGAAAGACUUUCUCUCAGAGGGCCCAUGUUGCUUUACACCAGAGAAUCCACACUGGAGAGAAACCUUUUAAAUGUAAUCAAUGUGGAAAGACUUUUAGAUUCAGUGCCAAUCUUGCCAGACAUCAGAGAAUCCACACUGGAGAAAAACCUUUUGAAUGCAAUCAGUGUGGAAAGACUUUCACAUGCAAUGCCAGUCUUGCUACACAUCAGAGAAUCCACACUGGAGAGAAACCUUUUAAAUGUAAUCAGUGUGGAAAGACUUUCACAUGCAGUGGCAGUCUUGCUGCACAUCAGAGAAUCCACACUGGAGAGAAACCUUUUAAAUGUAAUCAAUGUGGAAAGGCUUUCACAUGGAGGUCCUAUCUUGCUUUACAUCAGAGAAUCCAUACUGGAGAGAAAUCUUUUAAAUGUGAUCAGUGUGGAAAGGCUUUUACAUCCAGCUCUGAUCUUGCUAGACAUAAGAGAACACACACUGGAGUGAAACUUUUUAAAUGCAAUCACUGUGGAAAGGCUUUCACAGUGAAGGGCAGUCUUGCUACACAUCAGAGAAUCCACACUGGAGAGAAACCUUUUAAAUGUAAUCAAUGUGGAAAGACUUUUACAUGCAGUGCUAGUUUUGUUGCACAUCAGAGAAUCCACACUGGAGAGAAGCCUUUUAAAUGUAAUCAGUGUGGAAAGACUUUCACAUGCAGUGCCAGUCUUGCUGCACAUCAGAGAAUCCACACUGGAGAGAAACCUUUUAAAUGUAAUCAAUGUGGAAAGGCUUUCACAUUCAGCUCUGAUCUUGCUAGACAUAAGAGAAUACACGCUGGAGUAAAACUUUUUAAAUGUACUCACUGUGGAAAGGCUUUCACACAAAGUGCCAAUCUUGCUGCACAUCAGAGAAUCCACACUGGAGAGAAAGCUUUUAAAUGUAAUCAGUGUGGAAAGGCUUUUACACGAAGUGCCAACCUUGCUGCACAUCAGAGAAUCCACACUGGAGAGAAACCUUUUAAAUGUAAUCAAUGUGGAAAGGGUUUCACAUCCAGCUUCGAUCUUGCUAGACAUCAGAGAAUCCACACAGGAGAGAAACCUUUUAAAUGUAAUCAAUGUGGAAAGGCUUUCACGUCCAGCUCCGAUCUUGCUAGACAUCAGAGAAUCCACACUGGAGAGAAACCUUUUAAAUGUAAUCAGUGUGUAAAGACUUUCAAAUGCAGUGCAAGUCUUGCUGCACAUCAGAGAAUCCACACUGGAGAGACACCUUUUAAAUGUAAUCAAUGUGGAAAGGCUUUCACAUCCAGCUCCGAUCUUGCUAGACAUCAUAGAAUCCACACUGGAGAGAAACCUUUUAAAUGUAAUCAGUGUGGAAAGGCUUUCACAUUCAGCUCCAAUCUUGCUAGACAUCAGAGAAUUCAUACUGGGGAGAAACCUUUUAAAUGUAAUCAGUGUGGAAAGACUUUCACAUGCAGUACCAGUCUUGCUGCACAUCAGAGAAUCCACGCAGGGGAGAAACCAUUUAAAUGUAAUCAAUGAGGAAAGGCUUUCACAUCCAGCUCCGAACUUGCUAGAUAUAAGAGAACACACACUGGAGUGAAACUUUUUAUAUGUAAAAAGUGUGAAAAGGCUUUCAUAGCAAGAGCUAGUCUUACUGCACAUCAGAGAAUCCACACAGGAGAGAAACCUUUUAAAUGUAAUCAAUGCGGAAAGUCCUUUAUAUCCGUGAAACUUUUUUUUUCUAUUUUGGAUAGGACAGAUUAACAGUGGGAAUUAUACUAGCCAUAGGAUUGUUCCUCCUUUGAUCCUCUAAUCUAAAAUAAUAAGGAAUGCAUUAUUACAAUAAUAAUACAUGCAAUAAAACAGAAGGACUGGGAAAGCCUUGAAAAAUGGUUUAUUAAAUUCAUUAUAACUGAAGAAAGAAAUUCAGGGUUUGCAGAUUUGUUUCUUGAAAUAUUUUUCUGUAAAUUUAAAAUGUUCAUUUGAUUUCAUUUGUAUGAAUUUCAAAAUUAAAAAGGAAAUCAGAUAUUGAUGGUUUCCUGUUAUCAUUUUCA